AUGUCAAGGACUGAUUAUGGAUCUGCCGACUUAUGUGACAUUACAAAUGAUUCAAUAGACAGUUACACUAAUUUUGAUUCGACAAUUCUCGAGGAUAGAAGGUUUUUAGUUGAGUAUAAUAAUGAUCCAACUAAUUUAUUGAAUCGAAGAAAUUCAGUGAUUAUUGCAAAUACAGGUGAAAGAAUACAUAGAAAUGUAACAUUUACUAUACCAGAAUAUACUGAAACUACACCACUAAUAAACUCAGGCAAUCAGUCAUCUUGGGUUAAAUUAUAUCAAUAUUUAAAGUCAAUUUAUUUUAAUCAAAUUUUCCGUUCGGUUUUCAAAUGUUCAAUUGCAUAUUUCAUUGCUUCUUUGGGUGUUUAUUAUCGUCCAUUCGAUGACUUAUUAGGUUCUACAGACUCAAAACAUGUUGUCGCUACGGUUGCCGUAUACUUUCAUCCAACAAGAACUAAAGGGUCCAUGAAUCAAACUUUAAUUUUUGUUGUCAUUUCAAUUAUUUACAGUUUUACAAUAUCAUUCUUUUGUCGAUAUAUUUCAUCUUUAUUUUAUAAAAAUGGUGAUGAUGAAUUGAGUCAUAUUAUAGAUUUAGUUUUAAGUUCAAUCAGCCUUGGAAUUAUAUCAUUCUGGAAACAAAAGAUCAAUAAACAAACUUUUAAUACUGCUUGUUCAUUAGCUUGUAUUUCUAUAGUGGCAUGUAUUGUAAAAGAAGGGAGUAUGCAUCUGGGUAUUGUGCCAUUAAAGAGAAUAGAGGGGACAUUUUAUGUUGUUGUUACUGGUUGUUUGAUUUCAAGUCUUGUUUGUUAUUUAAUAUGGCCAGUAAGUGCUGUUAUUCAAUUACAACAAACUCUAAAUGACUCAUACAAUAUUUUCUCAUCGGUGCUAUCAAUUGUAUCUAGAAGAUUUGUUACUGGUGAACAAUUUGCAAAUAAAGAUAUUGAAAUGGUUGAAAAAUUAAAGAGUAAUAUCAAUGCUUUAUUACAAAAUCUAGAGGAAGCCAAAUUUGAGCUUCGAUUACUUGGUAAAGAAUCAGAAUGUAAAUUUUAUCAACAGUUAGUUGAACAAACUAUUAAUUUAGCUAGACAUUUACAAGCAUUAACAUCAGCUACUAAAAUGCAAUGGAAUCUAUUGAAUGAAGAUAAACCAAGUGUAAUCACCCCAAGUUUGAAAAGUUUUACGUCGAGUGAUGAAAUUAUAAUAUCUCCAUCUGUUGAAAAUUUGACAAACUGGCCAAGUGAGACUGCUACAAAAACUUCAGAAAUACAUCAUCCAUCACAAUUAUUCGACCUAUUUGUGUACUAUCUAUCUCCAUCUAUAAAAUCACUCAUCUUCACAAUUAAAGGUGUCCUUAAUGAAAUUCCGUUUGAGAAAAAUUCACAAUUAUCAUCAAUUUUACAACAAUCAUUAACUGAUGCAAACAAAUUAUUUGAAGAAAAGCAAGAGAUAUCAUUUGAGAAAUUAUACUCACAAAGUAUAUUCAAGCAAAGUAAUGAAUUUUAUUUUCAAGCUGAUCAGGAAGAAGUUGCUGCUUGUUGUGGUAACUUUACAUCAUUAUUAUCUCAAUUUUCCAUUGAAUUGUUAAAAUUUGUAGAACUUUCAGAUCAAUAUAACAAAGUAAUUAACGAACCCCGUUCCUAUCCAUGGUUGAAGUUUUGGAAAUACAAGUAUAAUUCGGAUAGUGAAAAUUCAAAUAAUAUAACAAGUUUACAUGCUGCAUUAGACGAUUUAAGAGAUCAAUUUGGCUUGAAAAAACAAGCACCACCAGAGCAACAACAAAUAAGAAAAUCAUUCUGGGAUAAAUUGACUUUUUCAAUUUGGAAAUUUUCCAAAAAUUUCAAAAGAACAGAUGUUCAAUUUGGUAUACGAGUUGGUUUAGGAGCUGGUCUCAUUUCAAUAUUUGCAUUUGUCCCAUUCACGAAGGGAAUAUUUAUUAAUUGGAGAGGUGAAUGGUCGUUAAUUAUUUAUUGUAUAAUGAUGAAUAAAUCAUUAGGUGGGACUACCAUGACUGUUAAAUGGAGAAUAAUAGGUACGUUUCUAGGUUCGUUCACUGCAUUUUUGAUUUGGAAAUUAACAGAUGCAAAUGUUUAUGCAUUGGCUAUAACAGGGUUUUUAAUUUCAAUACCUUCAUUUUAUAUUAUUCUAUUUUGGAAACGGAAUAAUCCAUUUGGAAGAUUUAUUUUACUCACAUAUAAUUUGACUGCAUUAUAUUCAUAUUCUAUGCUUCAAAAAGACUCAGAAGAUGAGCAUGAAGGUGGUGAGAAUCCAAUAAUUGAAGAAAUUGCAUUUCAUAGAUUUAUAUCAGUGACAAUUGGGAUAAUUUGGGCAUUAACGAUGGCAACAUGCUUCUUACCAAAUAGUGCUAGAGUACGUCUCAAGAAUGGGUUAUCUAUACUUUGGUUGAGAUUGGGUGUAAUUUGGAAUUCAGAUCCAUUAGAAUAUUCAGAUGAAGAAAAAGUCUUAAUUGGAUUUAAAGCAGAACAAGGAACGAAUAAAUUAUUAUCUGAAUGUGAGACGUUGUUAAAACAAGCACCAGUUGAAUUAAGAUUAAAAGGACAAUUUCCAACAAAAAUCUAUUCAAAUUUGAUUAAGUAUUCCUCAAAUAUAAUUGAUUCAUUUCAAAAUCUUGAUCUUUUAAUUAAAGUUGAUCCAACUUUGAAUAACAAUGAGGAAUACGUCUUAAAAUAUAUUGAGAAUGAAAGAAAUGAAGUUGAACAAAGAAUAUUUUUGGUGUUUUAUAUGUUGGCAAGUGCAAUAAAAUUAGGUUUUCCAAUACCUAGUAAACCAGCAAGUAUUGAACAUGCAAAGGACAGACUAUUGUAUAAAUUGAGUGAGAUCAGAAGAAGACAACAAGAUUUUGAUUUGAUUUUGAAGAAUAAUGAUUUUGUUCUAUUGUAUUCUUAUAUAUUGGUUGCACUGACUAUAUCGGAGCAGUUAAAUAAUAUAAUGUUACAAAUCAAAGAUUUAUUAGGUGAAAUUAGUGAAGAUAAAUUCCAAUUGGUAUAG